UAACACCCUCCUGAGUCCCUCCUGUAGUUGUCGCGUAUCAUCAUGGCCGCAAGUGUUGGGGAAACCAGCAUGAAACAACAGGCUAAAAACAAGGAUUCCUCCCAACAAACAUUGACGAUCAACUUCAUCCCGGAGACGGAACGAUAUGCAAAGCCUAACAACAUGGAGGAAUACAUUCGGAGCUAUUUUGAAGGAAUUAACGGGAUAAACAGACGCAUUAUUGCAGAGGAGAGAAAAAUUAUCGCGCAGAACAGAAAUACUUGGCCAAGUUUGUCCGUAGAAGAAAGAGACGAGCUACUUAACGAUCGCUUUAUUUCCAGCGAUAUUCGAACAAAAUAUAAUACAAAUGAUGAAUACUGGAAGGAAAGGACACCUUGGCAGCCCGAAAGUUUGAAUUCGUCUGAAGAUUCAACGCCUUGCCCUCGGGAAGAGCGAACAGACAGCAUGACAUUAAACGAUUCGUUCUCGAAACCAUUCCACUGGGCUACAAAGAGUCAGCGGAACCUGAAAUUUCCCGCAAUCAAGCGAGAGAAACCUAAGAUUAGCGAAGAAAAGUCAGAAAAGACAGAUCCCAAAUCCAUAAAGACUCCUGAGUUGAAGGAGACAAAAACAGAAGGUGAAACUGCGAAAAAGUUGAACAAUGUUGAGCAGAGUUUAAAGGAGAAACAAAUAAAAACAACAAAUGAAAAUAUAAAAGGAAAAAUGGUAACAAAUAAAUUGGAAGACAAGCCUAAAACAUCCACAUCAAAAAGUAAUGAAAAUAUCAAUGAGGUGAAUGACGAGGAAAUGACAUCUUCAACUGAACAGCCAAAAUCUGAUGGGAGUGAGAACAUAGAUGAGUCAAAGAACAUAUUUGAAUUCUUGCAAAGCUGGAAUCCAUGAUAUUUGAAAUUUUUUCAAGUUUAUUGCAUAGAUCAAUAUUUCCUUGUCAAAUCAUAGCACAUACAGUGCCAGAAACGAUUCUGUUAGAGAAUUUGUAAUAUAUAUAUCUCCUCGGCUAUAUGAAUAUGUAAAAUAUAAUUUAUCUGCAUUCUC